AUGCGGCCUGGCUGCCCUUCCCCCCCCCGGGAUCUCUGCCCUCCCCCUCCCAUGGCCCCUUCACCCUCCAGGGCCAGUGCCCGUCCUGGGCCUCCCCCAAUACCCAGCUGGUUACCACAUACCAAAGACCACCCCCCACUCGGGAAAGGACACCUCCAGCACAAUUCCUUCGAGCCUUUGACAAUUUUCUCUGAAAUACCUCAAAAUAUUUAA